AUGCAACAGUUUGCAGUAUCGUUCGAAUGUGGAGUUUCGACGAGCAAGGAUGUGUCUGGAAUGUGGGCCGUCGACAGUGGUGCAACGCACCACAUUUGCCACGACAAGACCAAGUUCGCAAGUUUGGCAGAGCGCAAUGAGGGCGAACUCUUGGUGGCUGAUGGCAACAAGGUGGCCAUCAAGGGUGUGGGAACCAUCAUGGAAAAGGUGGUUCUGCCCAACGGUGAAGAGCGUGAGAUCGAAAUCAAGAACGCGCUAUAUGUUCCAAGUAUGAGCAAGAACCUGCUCUCGGUACCACAGAUUAACAGCCAUGGCAAGUUUCAAGUCGUGUUUGACGGGUCCAAGAUGUAUGUGACUCUCAAGAACUCACAGCAAGUGGUGGCGACAGCGGAUCUCGUGGAUGGACUCUACUGGCUUCGGACGACUCAACGAUCAGCGAAUGUGGCAACAAGUGGAACCAGUUGUGCCGAUCUACAUGCGAUAAUGGGUCAUGCUCCAGUCGAUGUACUUCGCAAGAUGAUCGCGACCAACAUGAUCAAAGAUGUGGGAGUGCCUCUCAAGUCGGGUGGAGCAACUACAUGUCGAGGAUGUCAGCAAGGGAAAAUGGUCCAAAACCCAUUCCCAAGCAAUCGUGACAAGCGAAGUUACGACACGUUUGAGCUGCUUCAUCUGGACAUCUGCGGGCCCAUGGAAAAGGAUUCGCUCGGUGGCAGCAAAUAUUUGCUGCUGAUCAUCGACGAAGCCAGUGGAUGCAUGAAGGGCUUUUGUCUACGAGUGAAAUCCGAGAGUGAAGACUACAUCCGGAAAUAUAUCACCAUGGUACAGACGCAAUUCUGUAAGAAGGUCAAGUUCGUGCGACACGACGGAGCUCGCGAGUUUGCAACCAACUCGCUUCAGCUGUUCUACGAAGACGAAGGCAUUGAACAGCAGACAACGGUUUCAUGUACACGUCAAACAAACGGAACAGCAGAGCGUGCCAUUAGGACUAUUGUCACGAUCGGCCGCAGCAUGCUUCAUCAUGCCAAACUGGACAAGUGUUUCUGGGUCGAAGCAGCGAUGACGGCCAUCUACGUCAAGAAUCGACUGCCGUCACCUAAAGUCGUGCACAAGACCCCGUUUGAGAUCGUCUACAACUUGAAACCAAGCGUCAAGCACAUGCAAACAUUCGGGUGUCAGACAUACAUACUGACGCCUAAAGAGAAUCGACUCAAGUGGGAUCCAAAGGCUCGCGCUGGCAUAUUCGUGGGCUACGAAUAA